AUGAAAAGCUGCAUUAUACAGCGAUAUGAAAUCCAGCCCAGAACCUUAGUUUACAUCAAUGCUUGGGGCAUUGCAAGAGAUCCUGAGUAUUGGGAAAAUCCAAUGGAAUUCUGGCCUGAAAGAUUCUUAAACAGUGCUGUUGAUAUCAAAGGGCAGGAUUUCGGGUUGAUCCCAUUUGGGUCUGGUAGAAGAAAUUGCCCCGGAAUGUCUCUAGGACUUGUAACAGUGGAGCUUGCACUCGCCAAUCUUCUUUACUCAUUCGACUGGGAAUUGCCUCGUCGGAUGAAAGCGGAAGACAUUGACUCUGAUGUUUUGCCAGGAAUUACAGAUGUAUUGUUUGUAAUAUUUUUCUAUCAAAUAAUCCUAUACCUGCAGCAUUGUUCCAGAACUAAAUGUAUAUCUCAAGAUCCCAACUACUUGGCAUUGAAAAAAUAUAGUGCAUCUAUGUAA